AUGGUUGAAUUCGAGGACAUCUUCUCUUUUGAGAUUUUCUUCAUCAUACUUAGAGAAUCUCUAGAAAUCAUCAUCAUUGUUUCCAUCCUGUUGGCUUUUGUAAAACAAUCAUUAAUACUCCAUCAUUCAAGGGAUUCAACUUCAACCACAUCAAUAAACAAUGAAGAAUUGGAUCUAUUAGCUACCACUUCGGAAGAUGUGAGUCCUGAAUAUGAUGUCAAUAAUAACCCUGAAGGUUUAACAGAAGCUGGUGAUAAAUUGUAUAAACAAUUCAGAUUACAAAUUUGGACAGGGAGUUUAUUGGGACUAUUUGUGUCUUUAAUUAUUGGUGGUAUUUUCAUUACAAUCUUUUAUUUAAUUGGAACAGAUCUUUGGUCUUUAAGUGAGCAUUAUUAUGAAGGAAGUUUGAGUUUAUUAGCUUCAGUGGUAAUUUCAAUAAUGGGUAUGUUUUUCCUUAGAUUAUCCAAAUUGAAGGAAAAAUUCAGAGUUAAACUAGCAAAUAUCUUGAUAAACAAAAGCCCAGAAGAGAUCUCAAGUGAUAAGAGAUCAAAAUUUAAGAUAUAUGCUGAAAAAUAUGCUUUAUUCUUUCUUCCUUUUAUUACAUGUCUAAGAGAAUCAUUAGAAGCAUUUGUCUUCAUUGGAGGUGUUGGUGUUGGACAGCCUUUAACAACUUUACCCUUAUCUACAGCACUAGGUAUUCUUGUCAGCUCAGUCGUCGGUGUUUUCCUUUACAAGAGAACAGAAUCAUUUUCAUUGAAAAUCUUUUUAAUUUCCACAACAUGUUUAUUAUAUUUAAUUGCAGCUGGUUUAUUUUCAAAAGGUGUUUGGCAAUUUGAAUUACAAAGGUAUAUCAAUCUUUGUCAUGGACAAGAUAUGUCUGAAGUUGGUUCAGGACCAGGUUCAUAUGAUGUUACAAAUUCAAUAUGGCAUGUUAAUUGCUGUAAUGGUGAAAUGGAUGGAUUAUGGAUGCUUUUCACAGCUAUUUUUGGAUGGACAAACAGUGCAACUUAUGGUUCAGUUAUAAGUUACAUCGCUUAUUGGGCUGUUAUUAUAUUUUCCAUCAAGAAUUUGAAAUUUGAAGAGGCAAAUGGCUAUUAUCCUUGGAUUCCAAUCAAAUUCCAAAGAAAGAGAUUAUUGAAAAAAUACAAAUUUUUGCAAGCUCGUCAAAAAAUUGCCAAUAAAACUACAUACAUUCCAGCACAUUUAUUAAGCAAUGACCCAAUAGGAUCUGAAUAUUGA